CACAGUUUGGUCGGAGGUUGAGGCAGUAUAACGUUCCUAGGUAGAACGUUCCGUCCGCCGAAAUGUCUUCGACGUAUUCGCGUCUUUUUCGAGUGCUUUUCGUGAUCAUUCUGCUGAAGCUGAUCUUCCUGGUGGUCCUCUACUGGCGCAGCUAUGAGGGUGUCUCCAAGCUAACGGCAGGACUAUCCCAGUCACAGUCCCGCCGUAUGGUCGACAUCUUCGACCAGCUGCUGGUGGAUCGAAGGGAGAUGCCUAGCAUGGAGCAGCGUCUGCGCUGGAUACGCCAGGAGAUGCCCUCUUUCCCCCUGGAGGAGCUCCUGCAGCGACAGAAGCGACCAGCAGGCCGCGUAGAUUGUGGCCCGGCGCCGGAUCUGAUGAACAUCGAUUUCCACAACACCUACUGGCAGCGGGCACAGGCCGGGAAUCUCACAUACUACAUCUACGGGGCCUACUACGACGACCGUGAGGCGGUGCCUGAGGCUCCACUCGUCCGCCUGCUGACGAUGAUCAACCAGCACGACGAUAAAAGCUUCAAGUACCCCGCGACCUACUGCCAGUUCUGGAUGGAGGACCGGGACAGGCCGGUGAUUGUGCCCGUCACAGAACACAAGGUGAUGUGGCCCUUUGGCCAUGCGCCGCGCCGCUACUAUCCCACCCUUAUGGGCUGCCGCCUGCCCGAGGGCAGGCAUCGCUGGGAGGUGCCACAGAUGGUGUCCCUGGUGGCCGAUCACUGCGAUCGGGCCAGGAACCUGCUGCGCGUGGUCUAUGAGGUGGACGCGGUGGAGCAGCUACCCGCAUCCGAAUCACAGCCUGGAAACGGAUCUAAAGUAUCAACUCCCACUGGGCGUGAGGAGGACAUUGAGGAGCCACCACUUCGCUUUGCGGUGUGCGUCAAGGCCAUGGACUUUCCCUACGAAGACAAGUCCUGGCGGCUGAUCGAGUGGCUGGAGUUGAUGCGCUCCCUGGGUGUCCACAAAGUGGUUCUCUACGAUGCCCAGAUGCACCCAAAUAUGACGCGUGUGGUGCGUGACUACGUGAAGAACAGCCCGGGAUUCGUUGAGCUGCGGCCCAUGUCCCUCGGCCGCGGGGAACCACAUGCUCCGCCCCACUUCCAUCACUACGCCAUGGAGGCGGACGGCUUCAAUCGCAUCCUCAACGAAAUGAUACCCUACAACGACUGCUUCUACCGGAACAUGUACAAGUACGACUACAUCGGUGUCUUUGACAUCGAUGAGGUGAUCAUGCCCCUGGGGAACAGGACCACCUGGCCGGAGCUCAUCGAGAUCUCGCGUGCCGCCCCGGACUACGGGAACACCACGCCGGCGAACUGCAAGGAGUGGGUGAGCUUCUGCUAUCGGAAUGUCUACUAUCCGCGGUAUCCCGAGCGGCCCAAGGUAUACCGUAACCUCUCGAGCUCCUUCUACAUGCUGCAGCAUGUGGAGCGGGUGCGGGAGCACUGCAAUCGCGCGGCGGCCACCAAGUGCCUGCACGACACGCGCUUUGCGGUGGGGCUGCAUAACCACUUUACCUUUUACCACACGGAGGCCGCUAGCUGUGCAGCCAAGUCCGUGCCCAUAGAGUUUGCCCAGAUGCAGCACUACCGCGAGCCGGACACCAAGUCCCUGCUGAUCGAUCCUAUCAUAGAUGCCAGCAUCUGGCGCUUCCAGCCGCAGCUGCAGGCUCAAAUCGAGGAGCGGUACCGAAGGCUCGGCUUUCUGCCCGACGAGCGGCAAUUGGCCGAGACUCUGGAGCGGCGACGCCUCGAGGACGAGUUGAUUCUUCGGGAGGCCGUGGGACAGAAUCUGGAAUGAGAGAUUCAUUUGUGUACAUACAUUCAGAGCUGGAUGCGCUUUUGUGCCUUGAAAAGGGGAUUUUCAAAGACCAACAGAAAUUUCUGGAAAAUUUUGGGAUCUAUUUUUUAAAAGGAAAUCAAAGUUGAAAAAUGCCAAAAAUUAGAUGGUUAGAUAGAUUACAGUAAAUAAAAGUGGAAUAUAAUUUUGCGCUCUCAAACAAAUUUUAACUUUGAGGGAUCAUAGUAUCUCCUCAGCUAAAGGUCCGAUUAUUAUUUUAAAAAGCUCUGGGAAGUUCUCUAUUAGAUGAGUAAUAAAAUGAAUCAUUUUAUCCAAAAUUUGUUGACUUUUGCCACCUCUUUGCGGCUGAGGCCCCACUGUGCGCAGCUUUUUCAUAGAACAAUCGGGGGAGCUGGUGACGCAAGUUCUCCAACGUCAGUGCGUACAGUUGGGCAAACAACCGGCGUGGAAGUGGAGCACUAUUUAUGUAGUAACUAUUUGCAUGCUUAGCAAUAAAUGUUCAUAUCUGCCGCUGGCUGUCGUACGAUAAGUACCUUUUCCGUCGAUCAGCUAUCUGAACACCCUUCUUUGAGACAAAUUAAGAGCUUCAAUCGGGCCCUGAAUACUUGAGAACUUCUAUGGAAAAAUUCUAUGGAAAAAGAA